AGCCUUUUCAUCUUUUUUGGCCGGUGGGAUAUUCUUUGAAUGAGAGUUUCAGGCAAAUUCCUCCUAUCUAUAAACAUAUUCAUACCCUUUUUUUGUUUUGAAUCCCCCUCGAUCGGAAAAAUUUCAGAAGAAAGCCACUUCAUUCAUUCAUAACCCUUUGUCUGAAUAAUUGAGAGAACCCAACUCUAAAGAUUCAAUUCUUUCAUUACUCUAAUACUAAUAAAGAUUCGAUUUUUAUAACAAUUUUUUCCCCCAAUUUUUUAAUUCCCCACAUAUAAUUGAAGAAAGAGAGAGAGAGAGAGAGAGAGAAAUUACACAACAACACACAAAAGUGGAAGAAGAAGAACGAGAUGAGAGCUGGUUUAAGUACGAUUCAACAGACUCUUACGCCGGAGGCUGCCACCGUUUUAAACCAAUCUAUCUCCGAGGCCGCCCGUCGUAAUCACGGCCAAACCACUCCUCUCCACGUCGCUGCCACUCUUUUAGCCUCUCCCGCUGGCUUUCUCCGACGAGCCUGCAUCCGAUCUCACCCCAAUUCUUCCCACCCCCUUCAGUGCCGAGCCCUCGAGCUCUGCUUCAGCGUCGCCUUAGAGCGUCUCCCUACUGCUACCGCCACCCCUGCUAAUGAUCCUCCCAUCUCUAACGCCCUUAUGGCGGCGCUUAAACGAGCUCAAGCUCAUCAGCGCCGCGGCUGUCCCGAGCAGCAACAGCAACCCUUGUUGGCCGUUAAAGUCGAGCUCGAGCAGCUCAUUAUCUCGAUUUUGGAUGAUCCGAGUGUCAGUCGGGUUAUGAGAGAAGCUAGCUUUUCGAGCCCCGCUGUUAAAGCUACGAUUGAACAGUCGCUGAACAAUUCCUCUACUCCGGCGCCGAUUCCGACUGUUUCUUCCGUCGGGUUGAAUUUUAGACCCGUUGGAGGAGGAGCUCCGGUGACCCGGAAUUCGUAUCUCAACCCACAUUUGCAGCAGAGCGCUUCGUCGGCGCAGUCAGGGGUUAAUAAGAACGAUGAUGUGGACAAGGUUAUGGAUAUAUUGGGUCGGGCGAAGAAGAAAAACCCGGUUUUGGUUGGAGAUUCGGAGCCGGGUCGGGUGAUUCGCGAGAUCUUUAAGAAAAUUGAGGUCGGAGAAGUUGGGAAUUUAGCGGUGAAGAACUCAAAGGUGAUUCAUUUAGAGGAGAUCAAUUCGGAUAAGGCAGCGAGAAUCAGAGAAUUAGAUGGGUUGCUUGAGACCCGGAUUAAGAAUUCUGAUCCUAGUGGUGGUAUAAUUCUCGAUCUUGGAGACUUGAAAUGGCUUGUGGAGCAACAGAGCUCUGCGCAACCGCCGGCUACACUUGCGGUGGAGGUUGGGAGGACGGCGGUGGCGGAGCUACGGAGGCUUUUGGAGAAAUUUGAAGGGAGACUCUGGUUUAUUGGAACAGCGACGUGUGAGACUUAUCUAAGGUGUCAAGUUUAUCAUCCAUCAAUGGAGACUGAUUGGGAUCUUCAAGCUGUGUCCGUAGCAGCGAAAGCUCCGGCGUCUGGCGUUUUCCCGAGGCUUGCGAACAAUUUGGAAUCAUUCACGCCAUUGAAGAGCUUUGUGCCUGCAAAUAGGGCAUUGAAAUGUUGUCCACAGUGUUUGCAGAGUUACGAGCGAGAACUCGCUGAGAUUGAUUCAGUAUCUUCUCCGGAGGUUAAAUCUGAAGUAGCUCAGCAGAAACAGUUGCCACAGUGGCUGUUGAAAGCUAAACCGGUUGAUCGUUUACCGCAGGCAAAGAUUGAAGAAGUGCAGAAGAAAUGGAAUGAUGCGUGUGCGCGUCUUCAUCCUAGCUUUCAUAACAAGAACGAGAGGAUUGUUCCGAUUCCAGUUCCUAUAACGUUGACAACAACCUCUUCUUAUGGUCCUAAUAUGCUUCUUCGUCAGCCGCUGCAGCCUAAGUUACAGCCCAAUAGAGAGUUGCGUGAGAGGGUACAGUUGAAGCCUAUGAACUCUUUGAUGAUUGAGCAGGCCAAGAAGAAGAGUCCUCCAGGGAGCCCGGUUCAGACAGAUCUUGUUCUUGGACGAGCAGAGGAUUCAGAGAAAGCUGGGGAUGUGCAAGUGAGAGACUUUCUUGGCUGCAUAUCUUCUGAAUCAGUGGAGAACAACAAUAAGAUCAAUGUUUUGCAGAAGGAGAAUCUUGGGAAUUCAUUAGACAUUGAUUUAUUUAAGAAGCUCUUGAAGGGAAUGACCGAGAAAGUUUGGUGGCAGAACGAUGCAGCCGCUGCCGUGGCUGCAACAGUUAGUCAAUGCAAACUGGGGAAUGGGAAACGACGUGGUGUUUUAUCAAAGGGAGAUGUCUGGUUACUGUUUUCUGGACCGGAUAGAGUUGGGAAGAGAAAAAUGGUGUCAGCUCUGUCUUCCCUUGUGUACGGGACAAAUCCAAUUAUGAUUCAGCUUGGCUCGAGACAGGAUGCUGGGGAUGGAAAUCCUAGUUUCCGUGGUAAAACCGCGUUGGAUAAGAUUGCAGAAACUGUUAAGAGGAGUCCGUUUUCUGUUAUCUUACUUGAAGAUAUUGACGAGGCGGACAUGUUGGUGCGUGGAAGCAUAAAACAGGCGAUGGAUAGAGGCAGAAUUCGUGACUCGCACGGGCGUGAGAUCAGUUUGGGAAACGUGAUCUUUGUUAUGACAGCAAGCUGGCAUUUUGCAGAGACCAAAACGUCGUUCCUUGACAAUGAAGCAAAACUCCGGGAUAUGGCGAGUGAAACCUGGCGUUUGAGGUUGUGCAUGCGGGAAAAAUUUGGGAAACGACGAGCGAGUUGGCUGUGUAACGACGAGGAGAGGCUGACGAAACUGAAGAAAGAACAUGGAUCGGGAUUAUCUUUCGAUUUGAACCAAGCAGCAGAUACGGAUGAUGGUUCACAUAAUACAAGCGAUCUAACAACAGAUAAUGAUCAAGAAGAGCAAGGAUUCAGUGGAAAGCUGUCACUGCAAUGCGUUCCAUUUGCGUUCCACGAUUUUGUCAGCCGUGUAGACGAUGCGGUAGCAUUUCGGGCAGUUGAUUUUGGAGCUGUGAGGCGUAGAAUCACAGAAACAUUAUCCGAGAGAUUCGAAACAAUAGUAGGCGAAUCGUUGUCGAUAGAAAUUGAAGAAGAGGCUCUUCAGAGAAUAUUGAGCGGAGUGUGGUUAGGGCAGACAGAGCUAGAGGAAUGGAUAGAAAAGGCGAUUGUUCCGGUGUUGAGCCAGCUUAAGGCUAGAGUGUCGUCUUCUGGUACUUACGGUGACAGAACAGUAGCUCGGCUGGAGCUAGAUGAAGAUUCCAGCGAACGUAACGCCGGUGAUUUACUGCCGACAAGUAUUACAUUGGCAGUAUGAAUGAGUUGAGGAAUUGAGAACAGAGAUGGGGAGUGUUUUCUUGUUGUUGCUGUUGCAUUGGAACUGUGGAAGGACAGGGAUGUAAAUAUGUCUCAACUGGUUUUGGCGGGGGAAAAAAGGGAAAACAGUUAGGGGUAAAAAACAGUAAAAACAAAGGGAAAGAAAGGUGUUUAUAGUUUUUUUUUUUUUUUUUACUCUUUAGUUUUGUUUUUAUGUUUAUGUCAUUAUGUGUAUGGUAAACGGGAGGGGUGAUUUAUGUAGCAAUUAUAGAUAUAUUUAUUUGAUAGAUAAAUAAUGAAGAUUAAUAAAGUUUAAAAGUAUAUUUUAUUC